AUGAAUGGUGAGGAACUUGCCAGAGAACUUAUCACUGUUUUGUCUAUCAAACUAAGUUUGGAAUCUCACCAGUUGUUAGCAGUGAUGCGAGACAGAGCUAGUGUGAAUGGUGCUGCAUUAAACAUUGUCAAAAUUAUGUAUCCUAACCUGCUUGAUGUUGGUUGCCUUAGUCACAUUCUUAACCUUGUUGGAGAAAGAUUCGAAACUCCUACUUUGAGCCUUUUCAUUGCUCACUGGAUUGCUUUGUUUAGUCACAGUUAUAAAGUCAAAGCAUUAUGGAAAGAAGCAACAGGACGAGCUAUGGCAUCAUAUUCUAAAACUCGUUGGUGGAGUAGAUGGGAGCUAAUGAAUCAGGUAAUGGUCCAGUUUGCUUUUAUUGAGCCUUUCCUUCAAAAUAAUGAAGAUAUUGGCCCAGCUACACGAGCAAAACUGCUGGAAAUCCUAAGCCACCCCCAUCAAUGCUUUUACUGAAGGUAGAGUUAGCUGCUGUGAUUGACUUAGGUGAACAUUUUGUGAAAGGAACUUACAGAUUAGAAGGAGAUGGGUACCUUGUGCUAAGUUGUUAUGAGGAAAUUCUGAAAAUCCGAAAUGCUAUUCGCAUUGAACAUUAUCCAAAUCUACAAGCCAUUGUGAGACAGGCGUUUCCUGACAACAAUGACCUACAAAAACAAUUGGUUGCAUACUCUAUUGGGUGUCUACAAGCUGGGCUGGAUUAUUUUCAGAAUAAACUUGGAAAUGAUUCUCAGCUUCCAGUGGCAGCCUUUAAGGCAGCCAGACUGUUCUCACCUUUUAAAGUCAAUGAAAUCCAACCUACUGCAAAAGAUGUUGAUGACCUUAUGGCUUUUCCUUUCCUGGUUGAUGAAAUUGAUCAUUUGAAAGAUGAAUUACCUGCCUACCUGGCACUUGCAGCUGAUGUCAAUGCUGAUGUCAAUAUUUUGGAGUGGUGA